AUGGGGCGUGAUAACUUCAAAGGACUGUUCUGUAUUGUUCUCACAGGGGAUUGUUCUGUAUGUGGUUGUAAGCAGGAAAUUAAAGAUGACCCAGAUUUAUAUGAUUUACAUUCUACAUCAAGUCCUGUUUAUCCAGAAACGAGACAUCACAUUAUGAGGCCAAUCACAUCCAGUUCUAGGAAAAACUUUUCUUCUCAGAAAGUCCCGAUGGCUUGUAAAGUGUGUGGACUACAAGUUAGCACGCUUUCCCACCUUGUUGUACAUAUGCGGGUACACACGGGAGAAAAACCGUUCAACUGUCCGAUCUACAGUACCUCGUAUACAAUAGCAGGUCUACAAGAAGAGAUUCCAACGAAACGUGACGGGUUUAGAUGUCCUGAUUGCGGCAUUCAGUACAAGUUUAAAUCCCAGAUGGAAAUCCAUCGUCGAAUUCACACUGGCGUUAAGCCGUUUGUUUGCGAAGUUUGCCACAAAGCAUUUGCACAGAAAAAUAAUUUGAAAUCCCACAUGACUGUUCAUAUGACAGUGUUUCGUUGA